AUGAAGAGAACCAGCGGCGCGGCGUACCUGGCAGAGCGGGACAAAGCUGCGGACCCAAAGGCGGCUUCGAAGCUGAAGCCCAACUGGAAAGGUGUCGGCUUCGGCGACUUCCUGCGUGAGCAGGGUCCCAGAAAGCCUCUCUUCGAUCCUUUGCUAGAAUCUGAGUGUUCCGGCGGUCGUGUCUCGGCAAAAGUGGCUGCAGAAGACGCCGGCCCAAAUUCUGGUCUCAUCCCCAAGUACUCUUGGUGGCAAUUUUGCGAUGAUGGGCCGCCCAACGUGGUGGAGGAGAGUUCGGUGGAUUUGUCAAAGCUCGCGAAAGUUCCUCUCGUAGCGUUGAUAGCACAGGUCGCGAGCAAAGAGACGAUCAACGAUGCUUCCUCAAAUCAGGGUUUCACCACCGCCAAGAGCCAGUCGCCGUGGACUGCUAAAGUAACAGCAGGCAAGAACGACUUGGUUCGGAUUCGACGGCCUGAGGGCAUCCGAUCAACCGGAGUAUGGCUGGUAGCAACCUUUCAAAAGGAUGGGGAGACUUGGAAAGUUCAAGCAGCCGACGAGCUCUAUCCGGAGAAUCGCUUGGAGGCAGUGGUCCGCCUGAGGUUCAAGGAGUUUAUCCAUGAUCAGGCCGAUAAAGAAGACGAGGAAGAUCCUAUGGCAGCCACCCGCAGGAUGUUGGAAGAAGCUAUGAAAUGA